AUGUCGGGCGGAGGUGUUGACGAAAUUCCUGUUACACAAAUCAUUCAUCUCGCCCUCCAGCGAGAGUCGAAGCCGGCUCUCAGCGACAGUGGAGUCUGGGCGGAAGCGCUCGACUUGGUAGAACCCGGCGCUCAAAGAGUCUAUUGGGGACGCUCGCUCGAACAUCCUCAACAUGGGCAGUUGCAUAUAGUGCGUCGAAACCUUGCGCAACACCACCAGUUCCUGAAGUCGGACUCUUACCAACAAUUUCUGGCCAUCCACGAGAGAAUCACAGGUCAGCCACAAAAGCCAGUCGUUCGUCAUGCGCAGAUCAAGUCCUGGACACCUAACGAUCCAUCACUGGCAAGAGGUGCGCCUUUUGUAGGCACGGCAAUCUACCUGAACACCAUUGAUGGCUGGGACGAUGGCGCGUGGCCACUGUGGACUCAUAUUGUCCGGCACGUGGGUGGCUGUCUAGGUUGCGCUGGAGGGCCGGUUCUCGAGCCGGUGGAAACAUGUCCAGGACCACUGCAAAAGCUGCUCGAAGGGGAGAAAGCGACUCAAACGUUCAAUAGGUCGUACAUCGUAUAUGUUGGCUGGGAAUCUCCAGAGAAGCACGAUGCGUUCCACCACACGGAACACUUUGCGAAACAUUUCGUUAUCUUGAAUUGCGUAAACGAUGGGUACGCAGAGUAUGGUCACAUCGUGUUCGAAGGGUCCAGAGAGAAGGGCAUUGACAUUGCCGCCAAGAUGUGA